GCUCAUGACAACACAGUGCAUGGAAACAGAGAGAGCCCUCCAUUUUUGGCUUUUUUUACAGACAUGAUUUUAUCAAUUACAUCCAUGCAACAGAAUGUGCUUUUAGUUACUAAUCCAAAAAUAAGGUGUAAACAGAUCUAAGAUUCAUUCCCUUAGAGAGCAGGCUAGUAAUGAGUGCCAGACAAUGCUUACACUGCAAUAAGGCAAUAAUCAAUGUAUGCAGGAUUUCCCAAUAAAAUAGCCCAGAAAGCUGAUUGGGAACAAUCAGAUUUUUUGGAACUGAUCCCUCUCUUUCUGAAAGUGCUGCCAGUGGCCUCUGUUCGUUUGUUUUUCUGAGUUUUUAUAGUCAAUAAAGCUUGAGUAGCAUAAACAAGAGACAUAUCCAAUGUGUUUGACAUAAUUUUUAUUUACUGUCAGCUAUGUUGUGUAGGAAUAAGAAAUUAAAACAUCAAGAUGGUUUCCAGUGGAAAUAUUGUAUUCAAAACCCAAUAGAAGAGAUCCUGAGUGUAAAUUGAUCCUGAAGUCAAUGGAGCAAUACAACUUUACACAGGUUGAGGAUUCCAUUGACUUCAGUAGAGUGCAGCAGGGAUGUAUUUGGCCCACCACGUCAUUGUUUCAAAUACCAUUAGUAAGAUAUUUAAUACUAAAAGUUUUUGGAUCUUUGCUCUCAAGGCUGCAUUUAUUAUGAGUGAUAAAUCAGAGGACAAGCUUUAUACAGUCUCUUCGUUUUUAGCAUAUGACUUCUUUUAUUAAUUAGAAUACUUUGUAACCAUGCAAGGAGCCCAAUUAACAUUACAAACCUUAAUUAACAGAGCUUUGCCACACCCCUGUGCAAGAUCAAUGCAGUUCGAUCAAUUGUUCCUAACAAAAGCAAUAAUGAAAUAGUUCUGGUGUUGCAGCAAUUUGAUAACAAUGUAGACAAGGCAGUUCAAGCUUUUAUGGAUGGCAGUGCAGUUCAGGUACUAAAAGAAUGGAAUAUGAUGGGGAAAAAGAAGGAUAAUAAAAGAAAAAGAAGCAAAUCUAAACAGCAUCAAGGCAAUAAAGAUAUGAAAGAGAAGAAUGAUAGAACUGAAAAGGUUUCCCUAGAGCCUCAAGAGAGAGAUGGCUGCCAUCUGAAUGGAUGUGACAAGGAUAACUCUUCCAGUGACUCUGCCAAUGAGAAAUCAGAAGUCAUUUCUCAUGAGAACAAAAGCUGUGGAUUCGAGGAGGUGGUGCAAGCACAUCCAGACAUCACAGACAAAAACCUGGAGCACAAGAGAAUAUCUGCAGAUUUAAACCUAAAGUCUGUAAGUGGAACAGAACAGCGAGAUACUUUUCAGUCAUCAGUUCAACCUCUGACUAAUGUAGGCAGGCCGAAGUCAAAAACAUCCACAGUUAAAGCAUCCAUCCCUGCAGCCCAUCUUGAAACAAAGCCAGAUGAUUCAAUCAAGAAAAAGGGUCCAAACAUUGAAAAGUCCGUGAAAGAUUUGCAACGUUGCACAGUUUCUUUAACUAGAUACCGCAUGAUGAUCAAAGAGGAAGUGGAUAAUUCAGUGAAGAAAAUCAAAGCUGCCUUUGCUGAAUUACACAGCUGCAUCAUAGACAAAGAAGUGUCAUUAAUGGCAGAAGUUGAUAAAGUUAAAGAAGAAGCCAUGGAAAUCUUGACUGCUCGUCAGAAAAGAGCCGAGGAGCUAAAGAGACUGACAGACUUAGCUAGUCAGAUGGCUGAGACACAACUGGCUGAACUCAGGGCUGAAAUUAAGCACUUUGUGAGUGAACGCAAAUAUGAUGAAGAGCUGGGUAGGUCUGCCCGGUUCUCCUGCGACAUAGAACAGCUAAAAACCCAAAUUCAGCUCUGCGGAGAAAUUUCUCAUCCAAAGAACAACUACUCCUCAAGAACACCAUGCAGUUCUGUGCUGCUGUCAGUGACUUCGCAUGUGGCAUCUGGCAAGCAAAGUACACACUCCCGAAAAUCCUCCAGUCACAUCAAGAACUUUGAUAGUAAAACGGCCAGCACUAAAAUGCCAAAUCAUCUUAUUUCCAAUCCCACAGAAUCCUCUCCCCAAGUAACCCCAACAAAUAAACAGAAUGGGCCGUCUAGCCAGAGACGAAGAUUUAACUCACAGUAUCAUGGCAUCCGGCUCAAUGGGUCUGUCAAGUCACAAGGUGCCAGUAACGAAACAGAUCAAAAUAAUAUAAAGAGCAGUUCCAGAUAUGAACACAGAAGACAACAGCAUAAUAGUUUCAGACCUAAAAAUAAAGGAGCUAUGAAAAAUCAAGACCAGUCCACAGCUACAAGGACCACAGAGAAUCUCACACAUACAGAAAAAACCCAAAGAAAGCAUCGUACACCAGACAGCACCGAGCCCAGACCAUUCCGCAGCAGUGUUGCUAGGGUAUCUCAGUGCAAUUUAUGCCCUGCAAGAAUAGAGGCCUCUGCUGAUGCCACUGUUCUUUCAGUGCCAGCUGUGACUUUGGUGGCUUAA